GAAGGGUAGCCUUCACUUGUAUUGCAAAUGAUCAGUGGCCUUCUGUGGUCACUUCAGGAGCUAUAGGUUGUAUUAAUGAGGGAGACGCGCAAUGUAGCUCCCUGUAGAUGGAGACAAUCACACAGACCCGGGCAGAAACGCGAGCGAGCGAGAGAGAGCAGAGAGCAGAGACAGGGAGGGAGGGAGUAACAGCACACUCUCCCAUUCCAGAAACAAGGCAUCGAGUCUCAUUCCCGUAUCUUACGAACUGCGAAUGUUUACCGCCUCAUUCAUCAGACAGCAUUUUACAACAGUGUGUCCGCUUGCUGCUUAGUGUCCGCCCGUUGUUACCGAGGUCUCUGCUCUGUCAUGUAGAAUAAGGAAAAUAAAGAAAGAAGAAUGAAAAUGCUUCGCUUUCGCACUUCAAGCAUCCGGUCUCUAAACCAGGAGAUCCAGUGCACGGUGCGGCUGCUGGACGAUACGGAGAUCUCGUGCAGCAUUCAGAGAGAUACAAAAGGCCAGUUCCUGCUGGAUCACGUCUGCAACCACUACAGCCUCCUGGAGAAGGACUACUUCGGCAUUAGAUAUGUGGACUCUGAAAAACAGAGGCACUGGCUGGAGCCCAAUAAGAGCAUCGUGAAGCAGCUGAAAUCCCAACAGCCAUAUACCAUGUGCUUUAGAGUGAAGUUCUAUCCCCACGAGCCCAUGAAGAUCAAGGAGGAGCUCACCAGGUAUCUCCUCUACCUGCAGCUGAAGAGAGAUGUGUACCACGGCCGCCUGCUCUGUCCGUUCGCAGAUGCAGCAUAUCUGGGGGCAUGCAUUGUGCAGGCUGAAUUGGGCGAUUACGACCCGGAGGAACACCCUGCAGAUUACAUCAACGAGUUCAGGCUCUUCCCCAAGCAGACCCACAAACUGGAGAGGAAGAUCAUGGAGCUCCACAAGACCGAGCUAAGGGGGCAGUGUCCUGCAUUAGCAGAGCUUAAUCUCCUCCAGAGAGCGCAUACAUUGGAGACAUAUGGAGUCGAUCCUCAUCCCUGCAAGGACUUCACAGGAUCCACAGCAUUCCUGGGGUUCACUGCUACAGGCUUUGUGGUCUUCCAGGGCAACAAGAGGAUCCAUCUACUGAAAUGGGCCGAUGUAAGCAAACUGAAAUUUGAAGGAAAAACAUUCUACGUGAUUGGUGUUCAGAAGGAGAUCUUCUUCAAGGGCAGGAUACACUGUCAAACGCUGAAGAAACUGGUGUUGACGUUCCACACUUCCACACCGGCUGCCUGCAAACACCUGUGGAAAUGCGGUGUGGAGAACCAGGCAUUCUACAAAUGUGCAAAGUCCAGCCAAAUAAGGACAGUGACCAGUGGCAAUGUGUUUUUCAAGGGCAGCAGGUUUAGAUACAGCGGACGAGUAGCGAAGGAAGUGAUAGAAGCCAGCUCCAAAAUCCAGCGGGAACCACCAGAGGUGCACAGGUCCAACUUCGCCCAGAGCAAGAGCUUCAACUCCCUGAGCAACAAGCACCUGAUCAUGAACAUGGAGCCCCUGCUGCCAGCUCUGCCGGGCCCCAUUGAGAGCGACGAUGUCUCUGCAGAUGGUGGCCUGCUCGCCCUCAAGGACUCUGUGCACCUGUCGCCCCUAAAGCCACCUGGCCUGCAGGUGGGGCUGGGAGAGGAGGCAGGCGACAUCUUCACCGCAGCAGAGCAGGGCGGGGUCGACCCCAUGGCGAAGGAGCGGUCAGCGUGCGCAGAGCAGGAAGAUGAGGAGGAGGAGGAGGAGGAAGAGGAGGGUGGAGCACUGACCAUCUCGGAGCUGAUGUACAAUCCCUGCGCCAGCAUGCUGCCGACGCCCGUGGAGGACGGGGGCGGCGUGGACCUGCUGUUCGAGAGCCCGGUGAAGCUGCUGCGUGAGCUGCACGCGGACCGCGAGCUGCAGGAGGAGCUGGAGGCGGAGAGGGAGAGGCAGCGCGCCCAGGAGGCGGAGAUGAGGGAGGUGCAGAGGAUGCUGGGUAGCGGGAUCCGGCUGCUGACGGGGAACGCGCAGCUGAACGCCUGCAUGCGCAGCUUCGCCCGCCUCCUGGCCGUCGGGCUCGGCCUGCUCCUCGUCCUGCUGCCCCUGCUCCUCGUUCUGCUGGAAUCCGACAUCGACGUCUCCUUCCUGCACGACAUCCGUCAGACACCCGAGUUCCAGCAGUUCCACUACGAGUACUACUGCCCGCUGCGCCGCUGGCUGCUCUGUAGGCUACAGGCUGUCAUGGAGAAGCUCAGCGGGGACUGAGGAGGGAGGGAGUGCAGUCUCCCAUCUCCAAACACAGAAAACACCAACAGUCAACACAACUACAACCACACUGCUGCGGGCGGGGGACUGGGGGGGGCUCUCAUCCGCAGCUUAUGUCUGGGGUUCCGAUGGUCAGAGAUUAUCACCUGUCCUUUCGCUCGGACACGCUCUGUAUGGUAAAUGAAAGCGCUAGCUCCAGAUUCGCAAUGCAAAAGUCUUAAUAUGCGGUUCGCAAAUGCUGCAUUAGUUGGGUUCAUCAUAUUGAUUUUUGGCACCUGAGGUAAAUGACUGGUUCCAAGAGGAAUUAGAAAGAGUUUGAGAGAGAGGACAAGGGCUGGACACAGAGGAGAGGAAAGGAGGGAAGUAAGGAGGGUGAGCUGUGAUGGGCUGAGAGAGAUUCUGAUUAGGUUUCACUGUAACUGUGCUGUGAGAAUCAGGUAGAACUGUGUACGGAGGCCAGAGGAUCAGGCAAAUGACUAUAGCUCUGACUGUUCACGUUUAAGAGAAAAAUGUCCUUUCAGAAAUCCGUUACACUAGAUAUGUAUUAUCUAGAUUAGCUAACAGUCCAUAAACUACUGCCUGACAGCCUCUCUGUUAACAUUAUGGUAUUUUAGCAAUACCGAUAUUACACGAUUAGACAAUAUCACAAUCACGCAGAGUUUAAUCAGGAAAUUAGCAUAGAAUCGCCUCGUUAUUUUACCAUUACGAGCAUUGACUACGUGACCCAUUUAACAGGAAGAGCACAGUACCAAACACCCCAAUCUUAAUUUAAAAACCCUGAUGAAAAAAGAAAAUACCAAGCC